AUGGCAUGGCAUAGGCCAUCGUGCAGGGGCUUUCUUUCUACCCUGGCCACAACCCAUACACAGACACUACACACUCGACAAUCCACACUCACUCCGCUGUCACCCACCCCCCUCGUCAAUACUGCUGCUUCCGUGCUCGUCACUCGCCCUGCCCUGUCCGACACAUACUUGGCCGACUCUGACUGUCAAUUCUUUCUUCUCAGCCCAAGCCUAAUCUCCCCGAUUCGCCCUCCGCCUUGUAACCUAUAUACAUAUCCCCAAACAUCCUCAAACAUUUCGCCAUCAGCCUCCAACUCCACCACUCUUGUUCGCCCCCCUUUGCGCCAUCCUCCCACGGUUCCGCCCCUUCUCGCCUUCAUCGCCUACCAAGAUCUGCGACCCGCAUAAACUCAGCCUCCCCCGCCUGCUACCAAUCCAUUCCCCAUCUCUCUAAUCAUUCACCUUUGCUUUGCCUUGCCCCUCUACCAACC